AUGUCCCAGAAGUACGCUUUGAUCUCUGGAGCAUCCUCCGGUAUUGGCUAUGCCGUGGCCUUGAAAUUGUGCAAGUUGGGCUACAAGGUGUUUGGCUGUGCCCCAGAACCGUUUGUGGCCGAAAUGUACCCAUUGAGGGACGAGUACGGAUUAGUGCCCUUUGCUUGCGACAUCACCAAAGUGGACGAUGUCAAGAAAGCUGUUGAGUUGGUAGGAAAGAUCGCAGGAGGCAGAUUGGAUAUCUUGUACAACAACGCUGGAAUUGGGGUUGGGGGGCCUGCGGGAGAAGCGGACGAAGACGAUCUCGACUGGGUGUUUAGAGUCAACGUUUUUGGGCACAUCUACAUGACGAAGUACUUCCUCGACUCAGUGAUUGCUACCAGAGGAACCAUUGUUUUCACGUGUUCCGUGGCUUCCAGGGUGCCCAUUCCAUGGACAGGAGUAUACUGCGCUACCAAAGCUGCUAUCGACCAGUAUGCCUGGAAUCUUCACGCUGAAAUGAAGCCGUUUGGCGUCCGUGUGCACAGCAUUGUUACUGGAGGGGUGUACACUGCCAUAGCCGACCCCAAUGCCAACUCGCUCCACGAUGGCCGGGCAGUGAAUUCACGCUACCAGGGGGAAGGGUUUGCUGAGAGUAUGAUAGCCAGCAGUAGAAUGUCUCGAGACACGAAGUACUCGACCCACCGCUAUGCCAACAGCGUAGUGAAAGACCUUCUCAGGAAAAGUGCAAAGUUCAACCUUUACCAUGGCUACAUGGCAUACACCCUUCACUUGUUGGGCAGAUAUGCUCCUGUGUGGUUCACGGAAUUCUGUCUUGCGGUGUACUUUAAGCAGUUGCUGGUUUUGAGACGGAUCAAGAGGGCCCAGUCUGGGUGA